GCCAAGGGACCCUUUGUUUGAAAGCCAUGGGCUGCGUCAACGCAGCAGGUCCCGUAGUCGAUCCCACAGUGGACGAGAAGUUUCAGCCGCCCUUGGGCCCUCCAAAUCCAUCGAACCCGACCUGCUUCUUGGAGAUCGAGUGCGAUGGCAAGGUGCUAGGCAUCAUCGAGAUUGAGCUCAAGGCAGAUACAGUUCCAAAGACUGCAGAAAACUUCCGUGCGCUCUGUACCGGAGAGAAGGGCUUCGGAUACAAAGGCUGCAAGUUCCAUCGCAUCAUCCCACAAUUCAUGUGCCAGGGUGGCGACUUCACCGCAGGGAAUGGAACUGGCGGGAAAUCCAUCUAUGGUGAGAAGUUCGAGGAUGAAAACUUCGCGUUGAAGCACACAGGGCCAGGCAUUCUGUCCAUGGCGAAUGCAGGCAAGAACACCAAUGGGAGCCAGUUCUUCCUCUGCACUGUCAUGACGAGCCACCUGGAUGGUGCCCACGUGGUCUUUGGCCAGGUCAUCAGGGGCUACUCUGUAGUAAAGGCCAUUGAGCAGGUCGGCAGUGAGAGUGGAGCUCCAUCACUGCGCGUGAUUAUCAAGAACUGCGGCAGUGAGGCCUGGCUUCAGAAGCCCGACAACUAG